CGCGAGGAAGCACUUCCUGUUGGACUUUGGUUACAUAAUUCCCCACUAUGGCUGCUGAAGAGCUGGAUAAAAUUAAUGUUAUUACAAAGUUGUCAAACCAAGCCCUGCAGGAGUAUGAGGUUCUGCAGAGGAAGCACGAGACAGCCUCCAUGGAGUGCAAGAAGCUGGUGGAGGAGAGAGACGAGGCCAUGAAGAAGCUUAAUGAGUUCCAGCAAGUUUCUCAGAUGGUCAUUGAAGAGGUCGGUGCCAUUCAGGAGCACCUGGAGAUCGAGAGGACAUGUAGAGAAAGUGCUGAAGCCCUGUCCUCUAAGUUGAAGCGUCAGAACCGCUCUCUGAAGAGGAAGAGCAUGAUGAUGCUGCCCCACCUCAGCCCAAAGACCAUCACUGAGAUAAACCUCAUGGACCAAGAGGAGGAGGAGCAGGAGGAGGGACAUGCAGACAGCCUUCUCUGCCCCUCCCCCCAGUGCCAGAGCAACAUCUCAGAGCUUCAAUUGGAGUUGGAGUUAACACGUGAGGAGAAACAACAAGCCAUCACUGAUCUGGAGUCAGUAACAGAACAACUGAGGGAAACCAGGGAAGAAUUGCUGAAAGAGAAACAUAAUAACACCAUUGUAAUUGCUGAGGCAGUGCGGCAAAAGAAGCUCCUGGGGAAAUAUAACAGAGUGUCUCAGUUUGCUGUGGAGGAAUACGAGGCCCUACAGGACACUCUGGACCUGGAAAGGGACCUGAAGACAGAGGCAGAGGGCUUUGCCAGAGCGAUGUUGGUGGAGCAGAGGAAGCUGAAGAGACAGAGUCAGAUCCUGAUGCAGAGCUCCUCCCCCAGUGAGGCUCUGCAGGAGGCCCUCAGCCAGGUCGGCAAACUGAGCAAGGAGCUGGAGACACAGAGGCUGGAGCUGCAGCAGCAGGUGCAGCAGGCGGAGGACAGGCUGCGGAGCUGUGAGGCUCAGAGGGAGCUGACGGCACUGAGGCGGACACUGGAGCUUGUGGAGGAGGAGAAGAGGGAGUACAGUGAGAAAUGCUCCAAGGCUGAAGUAGAGGUCAAGGAUCUGCGCUCUACAGUCGAGGAGCUCCAGACGAAGCUGCAGGCUGCUACCAACCCCCACCCAGCUCCACCCCCACCACCUCCUCCUCCUCCUGCCCCAGCUCCAACCUCUAACCCACUCAGUUCUCUGCUGUUGUUGAUCCGAAAGAGAAGAGACAUCAGUACUGACAUCCCACUGGUGGGCCAGGACUCUGCUAAGACAUCAGACGUGGAUGUCAGGCAGCAGGCCGUGGAGGAAAUGAUGCACAGGAUCAAGAGAGGCGUUCAACUUCGACCUGUCAGCCAAUCACCCAACAGAAGCAGGAAACAGAGGGAGAGGCUGCCCUCUAAUUCUGCCAUCCAGGAACUUAAAGGAAUCAUGGAGAAUUUCGGUAGAGCCAUCCCCCAAGCCAAGGCGGUGCCUCCGUCAGCCGGAGGUGAUGAGCAGCUGCAGAGGAUCCUGCUGAGGCGGAGGGGCGCGCUGGAGCCCUGAACACACCACGUGUUCCCCUGUUGGAGCCAUGUGUUACUUCUUCAGAGUUCCAGCUGUCUUCCUGCUGCAGUGUGAGGAAGAAGUGUUUCAGUGUGUGUGUGUGUGUGUGUGUGUGUGUGUGCGUGCGUGCGUGCGUGCGUGUGCGUGCAGGUCUCUCCCCUGCUGUGUGACAGAACCAGGCUGAGCUCGACAUCGACAUGAGCUUCCACAUAUCAUCAUAUGACCCAAAAUCAAUGUCUAGUUUAAUUGUAUUGUGUAUGCAUAAAAUAUAUUAAAUAUUCAUUUCAGACGUUAUAAGCAGGCGUCAGUAACAGUGGGAGGCCCCGAGUGCAUCUCAGAAAGAGCAGUCACAAGGUUGUGAAUCAACACAGAGGUCACAGCCUCUGAAGUGUGUGUCUCAAACCCCUCAUGAUGGACUCUAAAUGAGACCAUCAUUAACUAAAUGAACAUCACGCUGUAUUGAAGAUACCAGAAACUCAGCAGGGAAAAUGUUUAUUAAGGUUAGAAGUGAGAAAACGGUCAUAUUUUCAUAGACUUCUAUACAAUGUGUGUUCUUUAAACCAAUGGAGUCGCCCCUGGAUAUGAGAGAGAAUUGAGGUUUAAGGCUUCACUUUUCAGACCCGGCGGUUGCCCCCUCUUUACAGAUGACAGGAAAUGUGCGUUCUUGGUUAAAUACUGAAAAUGUCAACAGUGAAUUACUUUCAUUAACAUUUAUAUAAAUCUACAAUAUGUCCCUUACCUAACCCACGAAGCCUUUUUGCCUCAGCAGGACUCAGUCAGUGUGAAAGUCCUGAACGUUGCAUAUCCCCCCCGACCCCUCCUUGUUCAUUUCCUUCACUCACAAACUUGUUUGUGACUUUUCAGAACAAAGUCCAGGCAGCAGCUUCCCCUCAAAAUGCAUUUAGCCAAAACAAAUGGUAAUAUAUAAGAAGAUGUAUUUCUGGGAGACAGGACUGGAAUCAGCUAUUUCUAACUGCUCUGUAAUAUGCAUGUCCAAUAAACUUAAGUUUGUCAUUUA